UUCAUUCGUUCGCUCUUCAGGCCCGUUCAGUACCCGCCGUUCUGUUCAGUUCUUUCUCGGUACUCGGCCAGGCCACCACAACUCGGAACUCGGGACAGAUUUUGGCAGUAGUCACGGGCGUCGCGGAGCAGCAGUAGCAGCAGCAGCAGCAGCAGUGAUUGUGGUAUUCGAAGAAGCGUUUCUGAAGGGGUGAAGCAGUGACGGGACGGAAGUGGGUGGAAAGGACCUUCCCAGAGCCAUCCGGUUUUGAAGCGGAAGGAAGGUGUGCAGAAGAGUUUUGGGUGAGAGCUUGAAGUUCAAGUUCUGGCAGUGAAACGAUUUUUGGGAAUUUUGAAGAUCUUGAAGAAGGUUAAAGCUGAUUUCGGUGAACUAACGGAACGAGUUUUCGCAGUGAAGGUCGUGGGAAAACAGUUCUCGGAACAAUUAAUUGAUAACGAUUUGGGUGUGAAUUCCGGGGAGUCAAAUUUCCCUCCGUGUCCGUGUAAUCGGUUCGAGCCAAUUCAAGCCUCGAGGAGGGUCGACGAAGGAAGAUUCAUUUCCUGGGCGGUUUCGAGUGGAAAUUGCUUGGCACAGACACAGCGUGGUCGGGGCCAAGACUAGACGACCAUCGUAAUAUGUCGUGUUACGCAGAAUUCUAACCGCUGUUGAAGGAGCAGGUUGGAGAAACGGACGCCCUUGGGCUGUCUCCUGGUGAAUAUGACGACGUCGUCGCGGGGAAAUAGCUUGGAAAUUCUGCUAGACUGAAAAUAGCAGGUGAACCAAGGAAAAGCAAGGUGAGCCUUGGCUCUUAUCAACGGGCAGCUCGGAAAAGUGUCAGAAACCCCACUCGCUUGUGAAUAUAUGUGUGCGUGAUUUGUAGGGGUUGUUGGAGGUUCCCCAAAGACCUCCUUGAAGGUCGUUCCGUGACGUGGCCAGAUCCUUCGUGACGAGUCCGAAUAAAGAAAUAAAAUUCACAAAUUCAACGUGCGAAAAGAGGAAAAACAAAAGAAAAAGGACGAAGAGGAAAAAUCGUCCUAAUAUAAAAGCAUAAAAAUCAGAAUUUAUUCUGCUACAAAACGGCGGCACCACGACUCAUCUGUGUUUGUGUGUUUGGUGUGUGCACCAUCAGAGGUGAGAUUAUAUUUCCCAGCGGAUUGCGGAUUCGUGCUUAAAUUGAAAGUCACAGUAUCUCUCUGCAGUGUUGGUGGUGGUGAGUGUCACAAGCCUUGGGGCUCGAAAAAAGGAGCACACAGCUCACAAUACAACUCUUCAAGGACAACACGACGGUGUGUAAGGAACACCCUCCCCAGCACAUCCGCAGCGGUGGAAAAUCGUUCAAAUCUAUACUGGCGUUACAAUAUAGAGCAAAUUAACACGCGCUGAUACACCCGGACCCCGAACGAAGAGAUUUUGGGAAGCUAGAGCGAAUGGACCUGGGCUUUUUGUGUCCCCACCGGGAGCGGUGCUACCGGUUACCCAGCAGGACGCCAUGCGGGAGCGUCGUUAGUCGCUAACAAGCGGUGACCCGGGAAUUGUAACGGCCUCCUCCUCUUCUUUUGGAGUCGUCGUGGAAAGUCGUCAGCAAGCAGGAUGACUAUCAAAAAGCUGGAAUUUAUACGAAAAUUAAUGACCAUCAAAUCGAAAUUGAAGCAUCAGUGAGUGACGUGAAAGGGGAAAGAGAGAGGAAAAGGCUAGGAGUUGGUGGGAUGGUCGUGAAAAAACGAGGGAAAACGAGGAAAAUCUCUAAGUGCGCGGUUGGAAAGUUCAAUAGUGAUGAGCGUAAUUAUAAAUAAUUGCCCGUCGGCGACGAUCCAGUGUUGGUCCGGGAGGUGGCAACAGCAGCAGAGGCGGGUACCGUCGGCGGCCGAUGGAAGAUGAAGUGUUUUUGUGGCCAAGUCUUGGCGAAUCGAUCGUGUCCGUUACAAAAAUAGUUGCCGUUCCAGUUGAAAGGCCAGACGGCAUUCGGCAAAGGGUAGCAGUGUAAAGUUGAGGUUGUGAAAAUAAAUAAAGUUAAUCAGUGUUUGAGUGUUUACCAGAUAAGUCUCGUUGGUUUAAGUCAGUAGUGGAAUAGGGGAUCGCUCCUGCUUCACCUGGAAGAAAAAAAAAACCGGGGCUUGUGCGCCAGUGUAUGAUGAAUCCUUCCAACGAUGACCUACCAAAAUACAUGUAUUCAGCAGCAGCGUCAUCGUUCUCCUCAUUGUCGUCGUCGUCGGGGUCUUCCUAUGGACCGCAAGCGCAGACCGGAAGUGGGAUCAGUCAUGGUGGUUUGGGACUGUUCUUCAACGGCAGUGGCAGCAGCGCCGGCAGCAGUAGUAGCAGUUCGGCAGCACUGGCAUCGGCGGCGGCCAAAGCGGCCACUUCGGCCACCAUCCUCGGGAGUGGCCCCGGCCGGGGAGGUGGUCAGGACGAUAGCGCGGCCGGUGGGAGUCACAUGAUCUUCCAGGGAUACAGCUCCACCGGUGCCGCCUCGCUGGACCCGCUAGAUCUGGCCACGACCUCGUCCGUUUUGGACGAAGGAAGUGGCAUCGGUGCGGGAGCAGAUAGUGCAGAGGUACUGGACGGAGUUUUGCUGGUGCUGAAAGCGUCCAUUAUGAUGUUCAUAAUCGUGGCGGCCAUCUUUGGCAACCUGCUGGUCAUCAUAUCGGUUAAGCGACAUAGGAAGUUAAGGGUUAUAACAAAUUAUUUUGUGGUAUCGCUCGCCAUGGCAGACAUCAUGGUGGCGAUGAUGGCCAUGACAUUUAAUUUCAGUGUACAAAUUACGGGAAGUUGGAAGUUCGGAUCUUUCAUGUGUGACGUGUGGAACAGUUUGGACGUGUACUUUUCAACCGCCAGUAUAUUGCACCUGUGCUGUAUUUCAGUCGAUAGGUAUUAUGCGAUAGUGAAACCACUUAAGUACCCGAUAAGCAUGACAAAGCGAGUCGUAGCCAUAAUGUUACUCAAUACCUGGAUAUCACCAGCACUGUUGUCAUUCGUACCGAUCUUCGCUGGUUGGUACACCACGGACAAGCACAAAGAGGACGUGGCCAACAAUCCGGACAGCUGCCUGUUCAUAGUGAACAAGCCGUACGCUGUCAUCUCCAGCUCCAUCUCGUUCUUCAUCCCGUGCACGAUCAUGGUGUUCACCUACUUCCAAAUAUUCCGCGAGGCCAACCGGCAGGAGAAGGCCCUCGCGGUACGCCAAGGGAACGCCAUGCUUAUGCACCAGCACAACACGGGUGGCGGAGGAGGAGAGGGAGGUGGUGGUGGGGGGACAAACGGAGAAGCAUUGAGCGGAUCCGGCUCGUCCAAGACGCUCACCAUGCACGAAGUGGACGCCGAGCAGACGCCCACCAAGGAUCGACAUCUGAUCAAAAUGAAACGAGAACAUAAGGCUGCCCGAACGCUCGGAAUCAUCAUGGGGACGUUCAUCCUGUGUUGGCUUCCGUUUUUUCUAUGGUACAUCAUCACAUCGCUCUGCGACGAGUGUCCCAACCCGGACAUUGUGGUCGUGCUCGUGUUUUGGGUCGGCUACUUCAACUCCACGCUGAACCCGUUGAUUUACGCGUACUUUAACCGAGACUUCCGGGAAGCGUUCCGGAACACGCUGGACUGCAUGUUCUGCGCGUGGUGGCGCCGCGAAACGUCCCCGCUGGACAUUAACGUGCGGCGGUCCAGCCUGCGGUACGACUGCCGGGCGAAAAGCGUCUACUCGGAGAGCUACCUGAGGCCGUCGCAGAACGACCGCUUCAACAGCGAGGUUGGCGAGAGUCUCUAA